UUCUCUCCCAAGCCGUGAACUACAUGCUGCUUCAAGACUGGUUCCUAGAUGCUGCUGUAUAUCUCCUACAUGACUUGUCACGUUCUUGUACAAAGGCACCCCAUAAAUGAAUCUGACAACUGUACAGCCUUUGGAAUCUUAUAUGACACUACAUCAUGAGUGACAGUAAAUGUGAUAGUCAAUUUUACAGUGUGCAAGUGGCAGACUCAACUUUCACUGUCCUUAAGUGUUACCAGCAGCUGAAACCAAUUGGCUCUGGAGCCCAAGGAAUUGUUUGUGCUGCUUUUGAUACAGUUCUUGGGAUAAAUGUUGCAGUCAAGAAACUAAGCCGUCCUUUUCAAAAUCAAACUCAUGCAAAGAGAGCUUAUCGUGAACUCGUGCUCCUAAAGUGUGUCAAUCAUAAAAAUAUAAUUAGUUUGUUAAAUGUGUUUACACCACAAAAAACUCUAGAAGAAUUUCAAGAUGUGUAUUUGGUUAUGGAAUUAAUGGAUGCUAACUUAUGUCAGGUUAUUCAUAUGGAGUUAGACCAUGAGAGAAUGUCCUAUCUUCUUUACCAGAUGCUCUGUGGUAUUAAACACCUUCAUUCAGCCGGCAUAAUUCAUCGAGAUUUGAAACCUAGCAACAUCGUAGUAAAGUCAGACUGCACCCUUAAGAUCCUGGACUUUGGCCUAGCCCGGACAGCGUGCACCAACUUCAUGAUGACCCCCUACGUGGUGACACGGUAUUACCGGGCGCCAGAAGUCAUCCUGGGUAUGGGCUAUAAGGAGAAUGUUGAUAUCUGGUCAGUGGGUUGCAUCAUGGGCGAGCUGGUGAAAGGUUGUGUGAUAUUCCAAGGCACUGACCAUAUUGAUCAGUGGAAUAAAGUUAUUGAGCAGCUAGGAACACCAUCUGCAGAUUUCAUGAAGAAACUUCAGCCAACUGUGAGGAACUAUGUAGAAAACAGACCAAAGUAUCCUGGAAUCAGAUUUGAAGAACUCUUUCCAGAUUGGAUAUUCCCAUCAGAAUCGGAACGAGACAAAAUUAAAACAAGUCAAGCCAGAGAUUUGUUAUCAAAAAUGUUAGUGAUAGACCCUGACAAGCGAAUCUCUGUGGACGAAGCUUUGCGUCACCCUUACAUUAUUGUUUGGUAUGACCCUGCUGAAGCAGAAGCGCCACCACCUCAAAUUUAUGAUGCCCAGUUGGAAGAAAGAGAACAUGCAAUUGAAGAAUGGAAAGAGCUAAUUUACAAAGAAGUAAUGGAUUGGGAAGAAAGAAGCAAGAAUGGUGUAGUGAAAGAUCAGCCUUCAGCACAGAUGCAGCAGUAAGUAGCAACGCCACUCCUUCUCAGUCAUCAUCUAUCAAUGACAUUUCAUCCAUGUCCACCGAGCAGACGCUGGCCUCAGACACAGACAGCAGCCUUGAUGCCUCCACAGGACCCCUUGAAGGUUGUCGAUGAUGAGUUAUAAAUAGCAAGUUUGUCAUCAGUGAGGAACUCUCACCUCCAUGGGCCUGAAAUGCCUUGGAGUUGAAGGAACCAAAUUAAAAAGUCCAUGUUCUGCAUGUAAGAAACACGAUGCCUUGUCUCUGCUCGGUCCUAAUAACACUGCCUGCCUAGAUUAUAAAGUGAAGCAGGUUAUGUCUGAAGGAAACAGUGCAAGCCACACUCUUAGAGAUUUCUUUCAAGGUCAUUUCAGGUGAGCAAUUAGAAUGAAUGCACUUUUUAAAAUUGUGUGGUAAUAGUAGUGACAAUUUCUCAUCCUCAGUAACUGUCGGGACUUAUAUGCAUGUGACCACAAAUGCUUCCUCUGACUUGCCAUCUAGCACUUUGGAAAUCAAUAUUUAAAUGCCAAAUAGUCUUCCAGGUAGUGCGACUUCUAGAAUUAUCUCUUAAUCCUCUUACGUACUUUGGUGUCUGUCCAGAAAAAAUAGAUUUAUGUGUAUUAAUUGGCCACCAUCGUAUUAUCAUAUUUCACCUUCUUUUAUGGUAUAAUUUAUUCUAUCUUUUGUAUUUCAGAAGGAAUAUAAUUAAAUCUAUUUAAUAAAUAAAAAAUAGAACUUAAAAAAAAUGUGUCAUAUUUGGGGCUGAGAAUUACCUUUGCUAAAGCCAAGACACUUACAUGUACACUUUGUUCUAAGUCGUCUUAGUCUGAGAGGGUUUUACC